AAGUUUCGAGUCUUUAACCAAUCCGGUUACCGGUUGUGUAGGCUGGUCCCCUUUUGUCCAAUCAGCUUCUGACUCUCACUAUAAAUAAAACGGAACCGGCUUUCUUUUCUUAUUGGCAUCCAACGUCCAAGCAAUGGCUCGCACGAAGCAGACGGCGCGCAAGUCGACGGGCGGUAAGGCCCCGCGCAAGCAGCUGGCCACCAAGGCGGCCCGCAAGAGCGCGCCGGCCACCGGCGGCGUCAAGAAGCCGCACCGCUACCGGCCCGGCACGGUGGCCCUGCGCGAGAUCCGCCGCUACCAGAAGUCCACCGAGCUGCUGAUCCGCAAGCUGCCGUUCCAGCGGCUGGUGCGCGAGAUCGCGCAGGACUUCAAGACCGACCUGCGCUUCCAGAGCUCGGCCGUGAUGGCGCUGCAGGAGGCGUGCGAGGCCUACCUGGUGGGGCUCUUCGAGGACACCAACCUGUGCGCCAUCCACGCCAAGCGCGUCACCAUCAUGCCCAAGGACAUCCAGCUGGCGCGCCGCAUCCGCGGGGAGCGGGCCUGAGCCACAAGGUCUGUCACUCCUUCCCAAAGGCUCUUUUCAGAGCCACCACAUGUACGCUGAAAAGGACUGUUUCCCUGUAACGGUUAUUGAUGGGUUGGUUUCACCGGCGGGAUAACGACCAUUUACGGGCGCUUUACAGUGUUUUAGAAAGUUAGUAAAGACCCUCACAAGUGCACUUAGCUAUUGGCCUGCUUGCGCUCCGAUUCAUACUUUUAGUCCUGUUUAACCACACUGGUCUGGGGUUCAUUAAACCCUUUUUCUCGGUAGACAACUUGAUGUAAAUACAAGGAAGCUACCCGCACACGUUCUCCCUUUCUUGUUCUCCCUGUCCCUUCUCAACUUUGAGGCAGGUGGGGAGAAAUUUUCUAAGUUACUUUGUACUCCUGAAGUUGGGUUCCAAGGCCACAACUGCUAACUUAAAAUCACCCAUCUUGAUUGUGUUAAUUGCCUUCAGGUGAGUGGGUUCAUGGUUAACUAGUGCCUGUGAUUUCCACAUCCAGAGUUUUAAGAUAAUGCCAGUAUUUUACCAAUUAAAAAUGCCCUACUAGCCUCUACCAGCAAAACAAUGUAUUAUAAACAUCCUCUCCGUAAUCUGCCUUCCUCUGGAAGGGAAGCUAUAUUUGGAGGAAAGCAGUGCCCUCCCACCCUCCCAAUUUACCCUCCCACACACACGCGCACGCGCGCGCACGCACACACACACACACACACACACACACACACACACGAGGCUGUGCUGAUCCAAAACAGAUUGGUAUUGAGUGUAAGUGAAGCUUUCCUUACCCCUGGGCUGGGAAACAGCUAUUAAGAAGGGCCCUGUCCACCCUGAUCAAUACUCUUGCUGGUUGGGCAGAGUAUGCAAAAAGUACAAUUCUCCAAGUUAGUCUUUCCGUUCUGAUUGUAUGAGGACUUAUUCAGGGGCAGUGAGUAGUUCUAGUUGUGUGGACCUGGUCAUUUUUAGAUCUGUGGGUCUAAAAUGGAUACUCCAAGUCUCUGAAACCACUCCAUGUGCUAAAAUGAUUAUCUCAUGACCUACCUCAGCUCUUGCUGGGCCUUCAAGGUGUGCUUUCAUCACCCCAUAAGAGGAAUUGAGUUUUGCUAUAGGAAUGGCACGCAAAAAUGCAUGCUCAGUGACCCCAGAUCAUUUUGGCUCAUGCUAACGUGUCGAAUGUGAUGCCAUCUUCUAAGGCUCACUGAAGGAGGAGGGACGGUCUGAUCAGUCUGGGGUAUGCAUUUUCACUUUGCUAGAGAUCUGCAAGAAUUUCAGAAUGUACGUGAAUAUGUACGUCUUAACUCAGGAGGUAAGUCUGGGAUGGACAUAAAGGUUUGGGAGUCAUUAGUACAUAAAAAGUAAGGUUUGGGAGUCAUCAGUAUAUAAAAGUCUUUAACACCAAGCAAGUGGCCUACAGAUCCCUUCUGGCUUCUUCCUGUCUCUUGCAAUCUGCUCUGUGGCCAGUAUCGAACUUCGUGUCAUUGCCUGAAAUAUCACAAGCCAUGACUCUGGUGCUGCUCAUUCUCUGCUGAGAUCCCCACCCUUUCCUCUAAUUCCCAGUUUCCUCCAACCUUCAGAUGAGAUGCUCCCUCUCCUUCCUUAUCCUUCCGUCUUAGUCCUCCCAAAGUCCUGUGCUUAUUUCUCUUGCUAUCUUGUGUUUUGAUUAUUUACUUUUGGGUUUUAUCCCAUCAGAAUGAGUUUCUUUUGGACAGGCAGGGUCUUAUUGUUGUGUCCUUAAUGUAUAGUACCUGAAUAUGAAACGGAAACUCACGGAAAGUAUAAGUACAUUACAAUUUAAUAAAUGAGGCCACAGAAAAAAAUAGUCUUUGUGCAUCCAUUUCUUGAGAUUGCAAAAAAAAACAAAAAGUGGCAUAAAUAUUCCAGUCUUUUCCAAGGACUAGCAUACAAGGAUCUUGCUUUGCCUGUGUAGAAAUAUGGACAACGGACCAGGAUCUUUGAACUCUAUUCUCAAACGGGCCUUUGGCUUUUCAGAAGCAUUUCUAUUCUUUCAAACUGGGUCUCCAUCAUGAAAACUUGGACUCCAGUUCUUAGCAUUCAGUGCCAUCCUUGUUACGACCAAGAUUGUACCGCUAUGUUGGACAUCUACACGUUUGGCCAUGUGGUAAUAUAUGUAUAUACUCAUAUACAUGAAUAUACACAUGAAUAAUUAUAAUACUAUAAACUGUAUUUGAAUACUUUUAGUAAACAGAUCAUGAAAACCAAAUUACUCUUUAAAGGCAAUUUUUUAAUUCAAAAUUACCAUCUUCCUGACACCCUAGUGGUUUUGUGUACCAUAUAUGGAAACCACUCCU